AUGGGCGAAAAAGAGCCAGCAGCUCAAGCAGUAGACCGCGACGACGCGGUCGUCUACCUUGAGGAUCACCAUGUGAACGCGAAUGUCGAUCUUGCGGCGCUGCGACGAAAGAUUGAUCGUCGGUUGUUGCCGUACAUGUUUUGCUGCUAUGUUUUGCAGUUCUUGGAUAAGGUCAUGUUGAAUUAUGCGGCUGUUAUGGGAAUCAAAGCCCAACUUCAUCUCAAAGGAAACGAGUUCUCCAACACGGCAUCCUGGUUUUUCAUUGCGUAUCUCAUUGCAGAAGUACCGAAUGUUUAUUUCUUGCAAAAAGUCCCCGCGGCGAAAUGGCUCGGAGGCAAUGUGUUUUUCUGGGGCGUUGCGGCGGCAGCCUCCGCUGGCGCAAAGGACUACAAGACUUUACUCGCUGCGCGAAUCUUCUUGGGCAUCUUCGAGGCCACGAUCGGCCCUUCUUUGAUGCUAAUUAGCAGUCAGUAUUACACACGCAGCGAGCAGGCACCUCGCUUCACAUUUUGGUAUAUGGGACUAGGAGUCGCACAGAUACUUGGCGGCAUCAUCUCUUUUGCCUUCCAGCAUGUCCAGCAUGCCCAACUGGAAGGAUGGCGUAUCAUGUUCAUAGUGUUAGGUCUGAUAACCUCUAUUGUUGGAGCAUUGACGUUCUUCUUCAUCCCACGACACCCCAAUCAAAGCAAAGUGGCUGUCGGAGGAAGAGAAAGUCGCGCUCCUUCAACACGCGUGUGGAGCACAAAGAUCAACAUCGAACAAAUCGGCGAAGCUCUCAUCGACCCCCAACUGUGGCUCAUCACCUUGACAACGAUCCUCAUUUCUGUCUCCAGCGGCGUGGUGACAACGUACUCCGCAACCCUCAUCGCCGGCUUCGGCUUCACAGGACCCAUCUCCGCUCUCUUGAAUACACCCGGAGGUAUAGUGAGCAUCUUUUUCACGCUACUCGUCGGGUACGGAAUUCGCAAGACCUCCAACCGCUGGGCCUGGAACGUCCUAUGCACAAUUCCCGGAAUAAUAGGCGGCGGUCUGAUGUCAUUCCUCCCGAAAAGCAACACUGCAGGCGUUCUCAUUGGCAUCUACCUCGUCAACGCGAUCGUAGCCACCCUCCCAAUCCUUUACCAAUGGACCAUGGCAAAUACAGCCGGUCAUACGAAACGCGCCUUCGCAAGUGCCCUUGUCGCGGGCUCCUUUUCUGUGGGUAACAUUAUCGGCCCGCAGACUUUCCAAGCAAAAGACGCACCGGAUUAUCGGCCUGCGAAGAUUGCAGUUCUGGCAACUCAGGCUGCUGCUGCUUUUCUCUCGGUCGUGCUGUUUGCGUACUAUUUCUUCGUGAAUCGUCGCCGUGAUGAGCAUAAGGGGCAUGUUGAUGAUGGCAUGGUUGAUGAGACUAAGUGGGCUGGAUUAACGGAUAAGGAGAACCCCCAUUUCCGGUAUGCGUAUUAG